AUGAUUCCAGCGUCAGCAGCUCUUCUUGUCUGUGGUUGUCUACAUCUAGCAAUGGUUUCCAGCCUGGAGAUAAACAUGGCUGUUAUUUUGCCUUUUGAUAAUGCAAGACCGUUCAGCGUUCAGAAGAUUAGACCUGCCAUAGAGAUAGCCAGAAGAAGACUGGAAAGAGACCAGGUCCCUUCAGAGUCCACGACAAUUGUGUUCCAUUACGAAGACUCUCGUUGUGACAUUGCACAUGGACUUAACAAGGCCAUCAAGUUGCAUAUUGACCAUGGAAUGGAUGUCUUUUUAGGACCGGUGUGCGACUUUGCUGUCUCCCCUGUUGCAAGGCAGUGCACGUUUUGGAAUCUGCCUAUUAUUUCCGGUGGUGCUAUGGCUAGUGGUUUCACCAGCAUGAGGAAAUCUAUGUUUUUCACUUUGACAAGAAUAGGACCAGCAAAUCUCCACUCCCUGUCGAACCUACUAUCGCUGAGAACCGACAGGGACAUGACUGCAACGUCACCAGCUCUUCUUGUCUUCGGUUGUGUUCUUCUACCAAUUGUUUCUACCUUGGAUAUACACAUGUCUGUCAUUGUACCCUUUGAUGAUGCUAGUCCCUUCAGCAUUCGGAAGAUUAGACCUGCUAUAGAGGUGGCAAAACAAAGACUGGAAAGAGAUCACAUCAUUUCAGAGUCCACGACACUUGUGUUCCAUUACGGAGACUCUCAGUGCGACCACACUUACUCGAUGAACGAAGCCAUCAAGCUGCACAUGAGUCAUCAAGUCGACGUCUUUCUUGGACCCGUCUGCGACAUCGCUGCCGCUUGGAUUGCCAUUCAGUGUAGCGAAUAUGUCUUCUUAAAUAUUGACCUCUUCAGCAGUAAGGACACCCUUGAUCGACCCUGGUACCGAGCCAAUGACACGGAUGAUCGUAACGAGAAGGCGAGAAAGGCUUACGAAGCCUUGAUGACCAUCACUAUCCGGAAACCCACAAGUCCCGAGUUUACACAGUUUUCGGAGGAGGUGAAACGAACAGCCAGUGAAUUAUACCCGAACGUUUCCUACGGCGAUGGACAGGUAAACAGUUUCGUGGGAGCGUUUUAUGACGCUGUUAUUCUGUACGGCCUAGCACUGAACGAAACCUUGGCUGCUAACGGGAAUGUUUCUGAUGGUUCAGCUAUCACACAUCGGAUGUGGAACAGGACAUUUGAAGGAAUCACCGGGUCGGUCUAUAUCGACGACAAUGGAGACAGGGAUUCAGAUUUUUCUCUGCUUGAUAUGAAUCCACAAACAGGUACAUUUGAGGUUGUUGCCAAUUACUAUGGUGUUCGACGACACUACGAGCCUGUGCCGGGCAAGUCUAUUCAUUGGGCGGGAGGCAGGGUGAACCCUCCCCCAGACACUCCAGAAUGUGGCUUUGACGGAUCUAGGUGUCGAGAUAAAGAGACUUUGCCUACGUAUGCAAUUGUCCUUCUAGUGCUAGGACCCGUCAUGUUGAUUGUUCUGGUGACAUUGUUGUUUGUAUACAGAGCGAGAUUUCGAGAUGUCCUACAGAGAUGGUGCACAGGACGUGGUCGGGAUCAUAUGGCAUUUCGGCUGUGGUAGGUCCUACACGUCUGGGGUUACGGCUUUGCUAGACCCACAUAUCUAGGGUUACGGUUGUGCUGGUCCUAUACAUCAGGGGUUACGGUUGUGCUGAAGGUUCUCACCUGGUGUUUACACGAACGUAUAGGACAUAAUUGACGAGAAUCGUUCGACGUCACUAUUUCAUGUUACACCAAUCAGACAAAUAGAAACGUCUUUUUUACCAGUGUGAAUUAUUAUCUUUAAAACACCCAAAUAAAAUGUAAUGUGCCAAAUUUAA